CCCCCAGGGGCGGGGCCCGUGGCCGCGGGAUCUUUAAAUCCAGGGCGCAGGGCCCAGGCCAGACAGACUCUUUUCGCAGGACAGGAGCCAUCAUGUCGUGUAGCCUGCUCGCCCGCCUUUGGCCUCUGCUGUUGCUGCUGCCUGGCACCCUGGCCGGGCCCGGUGUCCGCAGGUUCGGGCCCCGCGGGCCCGGGGGCAGCCCCGGCCGUCGACCCACUGAUUCGGGGUCUGGCCAGUCCAGUGCAGGUGUUUGCAAGAGCAGGCCCCUGGACUUGGUGUUCAUCCUCGACAGCUCCCGCAGCGUGCGGCCCCAGGAGUUCAGCAAGGUGAAGACCUUCGUGUCCCGCAUCAUCGACACCCUGGCCAUAGGGCCCGAGGACACGCGGGUGGCCGUGGUCAACUACGCCAGCACCGUGCGGGUGGAGUUCCCGCUGAGGGCGCACCUGGACCGGCGCUCCCUGCAGCGGGCAGUGGCGGGGCUCGAACCCCUGUCCACCGGCACCAUGUCGGGGCUGGCCCUGCAGACGGCCAUGGAGCAGGUGCUCACCGUGCGGGCCGGGGCGCGCGGGCCGGCCGCCCGCAUCCCCAAGGUGGCGGUGAUCGUGACUGACGGGCGGCCCCAGGACCAGGUGGCCCCGGUGGCGGCGCGGGCGCGGGCGCGGGGCAUCGAGCUGUACGCGGUGGGCGUGGGCCGCGCGCCCCUGGGCUCCCUGCGCAGCAUGGCCAGCGCGCCCCUGCGCGACCACGUCUUCUACGUGGAGACCUACGGCGUCAUCGAGAAGCUGUCCUCCCGCUUCCAGGAGACCUUCUGCGCCGUGGACCUGUGUGCGCUGGGCACACACCAGUGCCAGCACGUGUGCGUGAGUGACGGGGACGGCAAGCACCACUGCGAGUGCAGCCAAGGCUACGCCCUCAACGCCGACAAGAAGACAUGUUCAGCGGUCGACAAGUGUGCUCUUAACACUCAUGGAUGUGAACACAUCUGCGUGAAUGAUAGAGCUGGCUUUUAUCACUGUGAGUGCCACGAAGGUUAUGUCUUGAAUGAAGACAAGAAAACAUGUUCAGCUCAAGAUCAGUGUGCUUUAGGGACACACGACUGUCAGCACAUGUGUGUGAAUGACCGAUCUGGGGUCCAUCACUGUGAAUGCUAUGAGGGCUACAGCCUCAAUGAGGACAAAAAAACAUGUACAGUUCAGAACAAGUGCGCCCUGGGCAAUCAUGGAUGCCAGCACGUCUGUGUGAGCGAUGGGCCCAAUUCCUAUCACUGUGACUGCUAUGCUGACUACACCUUGAAUGAAGACAAGAAGACAUGUUCAGCCAUUGAAGAAGCCCGGAGACUCAUCUCCUCAGAAGAUGCUUGUGGGUGUGAAGCCACCCUGGCGUUCCAGGACAAGGUCAGCACCUACCUGCAGAGACUCAACACCAAACUGGACGGCAUUUUGGAGAAGUUGCAAGAACAUGAAUCUGGACAAAGCCAUCACUAAAGUGCUUUGAAAUCUCACCUUUUUCAAAUAGGGAGAGCUUGGUUCAUUUACUAGUCCAUUCACUCUUGCUACCGUGUUCCUGCUUAUAGUUCGUCACUACAAACACUUAGAUACUGCUGGAUAAAUACCAUGAAUAUCCUAUGAAGAAACGAGCAUUUUCCUACGAGCUAAGCGCCCAGAUCCUUAUUAAGAGCGCAUCUUAGUAUUUCUAAGCCAUAAUUGUGAAAUGGCUGUAGGAAACAAAGUGAAAAGUUUAAUAUUCCUUUCUCUACUUACUAAUUCACCCAUUUGAUUUUUAAGUGUUUAUACUAGUAAGAUACCCUAUUUUGCAAUGAGAACUUAUUUUCUGUCAACAGGAUAAGCUAUCUAAUUAACGGAGUGUAAACUGUACAAAGUAUUUACACAUGAAAAAGAGUUCAUAGAAUAAAUCUGAGAUGAAUUUAGAGUUAAAGCUUUCUGCUGUCUUGCUCAUCUCUGCCAGAGUACUAUUGAAGCUGUGAGCAGAGGGUUUAAAACAGCAACUGAAAAUAAUUAAAACAGAUGACGUGAACAUCACAUGCCAUUUAAAAUUUAUUCAAAUGUUAGCAACAUGCAACUUAAAAGUCUAGUUGUGAAUUAAGAGUGCUAUGACAUUUUUUAUGUAGAGAAAUUUUAUAUUUACUUUAGCAGAUAAUCAAUUAUAUACUUAUAAACAAUUUAUAAGAAGUCACAAAUGCUUAUGUUGUCUUUUCCACUUAUGAAACAUGACUUUUUUUUUUUUGCUUUAAACUUUAUCACUUUUAGAAGAAAACAGUCAUUAUGUUGUAUACGGUUCAAUUCUUUUUGGUUUACAUUGU